UCGCACUUCCCAUUAAUUCAUUUCCAUUCUCUUUCUCCAAACUCUCCCCCCAGUACGGCUGUACGACUACUCUCUCGUACCUCGAUCUCUCUUCCUCUCUUUAAUUCACUCGCUGGAAACUAAUGGGUGCUUGCUUCUCCUCAGUAAUCGGCAGCAGAGAGUCUCGGUCUUCUCAGCCCACUGCCAAGAUUAUCUCCGUCAACGGUUCCCUCCGCGAAUAUCCUGUCCCAGUCUAUGUCUCCCAAGUCCUUGAGGCCGAGAGUUCCUCCUCUUCUUCCUCUUCGUCUUCUUCACCGCGCUUUCUAUGCAAUUCUGAUAGUUUGUAUUAUGAUGAUUACAUUCCAGUCUUGGAUCUGGACGAUGAACUUCAGGCCAACCAGAUCUACUUCGUGCUUCCCGCUUCUAAGCUUCGGCAGCGCUUGACCGCCUCCGAUAUGGCCGCCUUGGCCGUUAAAGCCAGCGUUGCUCUUCAGAAUGCGUCGACCAAGAACGGUCAUCGCCGCAACAAGGCCCGUAUAUCUCCGGUUCUUGUGGUAAAUCAGUCUAUUUCUUUACAAAGUAACAAACUUAAUCAUGAUGAUGGGUAUGCACCCAAAUGGCCAAAGAAGGCUACCGGUAUUAAUGGGAAGCCGGGGGGUGGUGUAGCCGGUGGAUUAUCUCGAUCUGGGUCUGUGAGAAAGUUGCAGAGAUACACUUCCAAAAGGGCUAAGAUGGCGGUUCGAUCCUUUAGACUCAGGUUGAGCACCAUCUACGAAGGCGCUGUUCUCUAGGUCUAUCUCCUCUCUGUAACUACGUCACCCGAGAAAUUUUGUCGAUUUAUUUUAUAUUUUUAAUCUUUUUUUUGGCAUACCCUCCGAUCCCUAUGUAAAAAGAAGAUGGGAUUGAGUGUGUAGCUUUGAUUCAUCACCCCUGUGAUUCUGUGAAUUAUUCAUCUUGAAAUGAGGAUUUUCCUGUGAAAAAUUUCCUGCUA